AUGUCAGCUCAUGCUAGGAUCAGAGCAAGGAAACCACUCGAUUUAGUCAUUGACAACGAUACGCGAUGGCUUUCUCAACUAUAUAUGCUUAGGCGAGCCAUCACCCUCCGCCCAUACAUCGAGCAGCUUAUAUUGAAGCAUCGCCAGCAAUGGGAGCAAGAUAACAGAUCGAAGAGGUCAGAGAAUCUUCGGAAAUCAGCCAAGGUGCCGCGGAUUUGGUUGGAAGAAAACCAGCUGACGUUUCAUGAUUGGGCUGUCCUCGAGCACCUUGCUACGCUUUUGGGGUUCUACGAGGAUGCCGUCAAGACUCUGGAAGGCGACGGUCAGCAGCACAAGCGGAAGGGCGGAUGGUUGGGCUCCUAUGGGAAUAUAUGGGAAGUCAUCCAAGGAUUUGAGUUCCUUCUGGAGGUUCUCGAGGAGUAUAAGCAGCUUGCAUCUGGAAUGCCGGACCCAGAGUAG